CCCGCGGGAAGUUUGUCCGAUCUAGCUCGCCGUACCCGUCAUCUCUGACUAAGGCUUUCAAAAGAAGGAGGCAGCGAGGGUUCCCUCCCCGUUCUCUCAGCCCGUCUCUCCCGCUCAGGAAUGUCCAGAAGUGAAAUGACAAGAGACGGAGGCAACAACAGUGAUACUGCCAAUAUGUGCUUUGGAAAGUGUCAAUAUACAGCAGAUGAGUACCAGGCCAUUCAGGCUGCCCUAAGACAGAGACUAGGCCCAGAAUACAUCAGCAGCCGGCAAGCUGGAGGUGGACAGAAGGUUUGUUACAUUGAAGGACACAGGGUUAUCAGUCUGGCUAAUGAAAUGUUUGGCUACAAUGGCUGGGCUCAUUCCGUCACUCAGCAGAAUGUUGAUUUUGUUGAUCUAAACAAUGGCAAGUUCUAUGUGGGUGUCUGUGCCUUUGUGAAAGUCCAACUUAAGGAUGGGGCAUACCAUGAAGAUGUUGGUUAUGGAGUAAGUGAAGGUUUGAAGUCUAAGGCCUUAUCACUCGAAAAAGCCAGGAAAGAGGCUGUUACAGAUGGACUGAAGAGAGCACUAAAGUGCUUUGGUAAUGCUCUUGGGAACUGCAUCCUGGACAAAGAUUAUUUGCGGUCAGUGAAUAAACUUCCCCAUCAGAUGCCUCCAGAUCUUGAUUUAAGCAAAGCUAAACGACAGGACUUUGAGCCUGCGAUAGAAAAAGCAAGAUAUGGUAGCUGCUUGCAAAAGGCAAGCAAAGGCCAAAAUCAUCUGUCCGCAGCCACUCCUGGCAGUUGUGACCAGUGGAACUCUUCGCGAAGCUCGGUCGAGCAAGACCAGCAGAACAGUGAGGCCUCAUUGGCCUUGGAGUGUGAUGCAACUUACCAGCGGAAAUUACGGCAGAAGCAACUUCAGCAGCAGUUCAGACAAGAGAUGCUGAAAAAACAGCAGAUCCAAUCAGAUACUUCAGCUUGCAAAGCUACAGAUCUAGAAGAAUGCAGUCUCCCUGCGAUGAAACAUGCCAAUUCAGCCCAACUGGAGCCUUCUGUAGCGGAAGAGUUCCUUGCAGAUGACCCCGAGCUCUGGGAUUUGCCUUUGGAGGCUGCCGAUCUCAACGUUACCAGUCAUAAUGCGGGAUCUGUGCAAACCCGUUCCUCAGGCACGCCUCUUGGACAGCAUCAAAUGAUGACUCGCAGUAGGACCCCGCAAAGACUAAACCAGCAGAAACCCUGGGCACAACUUGCACCAUCGCAUGUCUCCACAAGCCCUAGGCCUCAUUUACUAGCCGAGGGCAGUCCAUACAGGAGAGGCCAGGGAAUGAAGAAGAGAAGACUGGAGUGCACAUAACAUGAAAUGCUUAGUUAUCAUCUCUCCAGAUUUUAUUCCAGAAACUAUUUGGUUGGAUAGUUUCACAACUGAGAAUAUUCUCCACGUUAGUAUGCCCAGAACUAAAUGAGGAAAGAUGUGUAUACAUGUUGUGUAUAGCUUUGCAAUAUUUAACUGAAAGCUGGAAGUUAUCAACUCUGAUCACAUUCCAUUAAGUGAUGCGACUCUAUAUCCAAAUACAAAAAUGUGCAAGCGUCCUUUGUUUUAAUUUAACAAUAUUAGUUUUAGCAAGAGCAGAUGAUGUAUACAAAUAGACUGACAUGUGCUCAAUUGGAUAAAGUUGCCAACUAGUUGAAUUAAUCUGACUCAUAACAUUUUAACAGUAACAUUUUUAAAAUCCUAGUGAACCUUUUGUGGAAUAAAACAUUUAAGUAUUUGCCACCCAACUAUAUCAGGGUACUAAUUUUACUGACUACCCUGUAUUAACAUGCCUAAAGGUUUUGUUUAUGAAUUUCGGUGUACAUGUGUAUUUUCAAUCUUAAACAAAGGUCCUAGCUUUGAAAAGACUAUGCAUAAAAACUGAAGACACAUGCAGUCUCUCAAUUGUUUACUAUGUGCUUAUCCGAUUCUCUUUCAAAUAAAGACAAAUCAUGGAG